GUUGUGUGGACAUCAUACGACGGUUGGAAGAAUGCCAUAACGAAGGCUUCUUUGCUAAAUACUUUGGCAAAUGUAACAAGAUAAAAUUAGAAUUGAACAAAUGUCUUGGAGAGGAGUUUGAGAUUCGACGUUUAAAAAACGCACAAGAAGCACGCGAGAAACGAAAGCGAGUUGAGAAGCUAUGGAAAGAAUUGAAUCUAGAGUGA